AUGAGCAAGAAGAUGAAGACCACUCUUGUAAUCAUAAACUGUAUAAUCCUGGCCACUGGAAACUGUGGAGGCCCUCUAAUCAUGCGUCUCUACUUCCGAAACGGUGGCAACCAAAUCUGGUUCUCUAGCUUCCUCCAAACCGCAGGCUUUCCCAUCAUACUCUUCCCUCUUCUCUUCUCCUUCUUCCACCGCCGCACAGAAGAAGAAGAAGCAAAGAACCCAUUAUUUCUCAUUAAACCUCCUCUGUUCUUGGCCUCUGUUGUGGUUGGUCUUCUCACUGGCCUUGACAAUUACCUCUACGCUUACGGGUUAGCUUACCUCCCUGUUUCCACUUCUUCUUUGAUCGUCUCCUCUCAGUUAGCCUUCACUGCUCUCUUCGCCUUUUUCAUGGUGAAACAAAAGUUCACACCUUCUACUAUAAACGCCGUCGUUUUGAUUACUCUCGGUGCCGGAAUCCUUGCCCUUCACACAGACGGUGACAAGUUUGCCAAAGAAACAAACAAGGAGUAUAUUGUUGGGUUUGUCUUGACCCUUGGUGCAGCUAUUCUCUACGGGUUUAUAUUGCCUCUUGUGGAGCUCUCUUACAAGAAAAUUAGUCAACGAAUCAGCUACACGCUCGUCCUCGAGGUGCAGAUGGUCAUGUGCCUUUCAGCCACUUGCUUCUGCCUCGUUGGGAUGCUAGCUGAUGGAGGUUUCAAGGUGAUAGAAAAAGAAGCAGGAGAAUUUAAGCUUGGAGGGUCAACGUAUUACUAUGUGGUUGUAGUGUUCACGGCCAUAAUCUGGCAAGGCUUUUUCUUGGGAACUAUUGGGAUGAUCUUCUGUACAUCGUCUCUGGUCUCUGGAAUUGUGAUCAGUGCUCUGCUUCCGUUGACGGAGAUCUUGGCCGUUCUUUUCUACAGGGAGAAGUUUCAGGUGGAGAAAGGUAUCUCAUUGUUUCUCUCGCUUUGGGGAUUCCUCUCUUACUUUUACGGACAGAUAAAAUCCGAGAAGAGGACUCAGACACAGGAUCAGGCUCAAGAGACACAACUGUCUCAGCUUCUAGUUACUGACUCUGUUGCUUAAAAGCACAUAACAUGUUAUACUUAAAGUUUCUAUCAGUGAUGUGUUAUUUUCCUAAUGAUCUUUGUAAAAGGCACAUGACUGUAACAUCUAUGGUUCUCAACCUUUU